CGGAAGCACGCCGUUCGCUAUUCGCGUGUUCCUGCGCACCGCCACUGUCUCACGGAAAAAUUUCCCGCGGAUAAACUCAGUGAAUUCGACCGGAACAUUUCGUCAAUGUUUCCCAGCUGCUGAGGACAGUGGCGAUCGCAUCCAGGAAGAAGCGAGGAGGAAAUUCCCACGAGUCUGCCUCGGAGCGAGGAGACCCGAUCGGGCAGAAUGACCGCGUUUAAACCAGUGCAGGCCGAGGCCCUCCCGAAAAAAGCCACUUUCCUUAAUCAGGAAGAACUCGAUUGGAAGAAGUACGCUCUCCCUGUGACAGUGAAAGAUUCAGCUCUCAUACAGCACGUUGACAUAGCCAGCGAAGAGCCCUUCCAGUUCGCGAUCUCAUCUUCAAAUCGUGUGCAAAUCUACAGUCCUGCGAGCCGUGAUGUCACCUGUCGUCUCAACAGAUUCGGGUUGAAUGCCUUCGGGGCCAUCUUCCGCGGGGACAACAAACUUCUCGCAGCCGGUAGCGAUGACGGAAGCAUCCGACUAUUCGACAUCAAGACCAAAGCACCUCUGAGACAUUUCGUCGGCCACACUCAAGCGACACGACGCAUCGCAUUUACCGACGGUGGGAAGCAGAUCGUGAGCUUCUCGGAUGACAGGACAGUCGGCUUAUGGGACAUUCCCCAACAAACUAGGGUCCUCUCCGUAAGCCACCACAAGGACUACGUCCGAUGUGGCCGCCCGGUGCCGGGCACAGCGAAUGUGAUCCUGACCGGCAGCUAUGACCAUACGGCGGCUCUCGUCGAUUUGAGAAAUGGUCAGCCCGGUCUUACGGUCGAUCAUGGUGCGCCGAUCGAAGCCGUCGAAAUGCUUCCCUCGGGCAGUAUAUUCUUCACGGCCGGGGCGAACCUCGUCAAAGUUUGGGACGCAGCUUCUGGAAGAAAACUCAUGCAACUUUGUCAGCAUCACAAAACGGUCACCUGUCUGAGCGUGUCGGCUUGCGGCGGUAAAUUGCUCAGUGGAUCAUUGGAUCGUCAUGUGAAAAUUUAUGAUGUGAUCAAUUAUCGUGUAGCUCACUCAGUCAGCUAUCCCUCCCCGAUUCUGUGCAUGGCGAUGUCGCCGGAUUCUUCUGUGUUCGUCGUUGGAUCGGAAACAGGAUUGGUGACGAUCCAUCGCAAGAAGGAAGCAAGAGUUGUCGAAGAGAAGUCAGAAAACAAUCUCAGACAGGCGGUCUUCAUUCCCGACGCGGACGAUAUCGUCUUGGACACGGCGCCCAACACGAAGUCGUCGAAACUUCAGAACCUACUCAGACGAUUCGAGUUCACAACAGCUCUUCAGACGUCUUUCAGCCACGCAUCGCGGAUGAGAAAGCCUGAAAUAUUCCUCGCAACAUGCGAUGAAGUGGCACGAAGACGAAUGCUGGAGAUAACUAUGGCGAAGCUCGGUGAAAAAUAUCAAAAUGCCGUUUUAGACUUCAUCUGUAAAUACAUUACAUUACCCAGAUAUGAAGGGGCGCUAUUAGACUUGACCGAGGUGAUGUCGAGAGUUCUCCAGAAACGUCGAGAAUGGGAUGAUGUCCUAUGGUUGAAACUUGAGGAGCUACAACAGCAAGUGAACAAGCUGUACUCCGCACAUAACGAUUGCAAGAAACUCGUCGCCAUGAUCGAGACUAUUAACAUGAGAAGGCAGGAGUCUAAAAGUGAUGAACCCUUGUUUUUGGAUCCCAUUAUUUGAGGACAAGGCCCGAAUAAACUCUAAGUCCCAU